CCACGUUGCGCUAGGCGGGAUGAUAAUAGCUUCUCCUUAAUCCCAGCAGCCGGCAGGUGCCCCCUGGAGAGUGACGUUUCAGCUGAAGGGGACCAGGAGGCAGCGAGCGGAGCGCAGAGCCCGGGGCGCCCAGCCGGCGGGCAGCGACAAGCAGGGUUGGAGCGGCGGGGACAGCGGCAGGUGGCGGGAGCCGGGGCCGAGCUGCAGCCCCGGGAGAGGUGGAACCUGUUGCUGAAGCCCGGCCAGGGCUCUCUGGCUGCCGGGACUCGGCCAUUGUGCGGGUGCAGCUCUCCUUUGUUCAGGUCCAUCAUGAGUGAGAAAUGGGACUCAAACUCUUCAGAAAACUGGCAUUAUAUUUGGAGUGUCAAUGGCACAAAAUAUCACCUAUACUCAGAUAUCAAUAUUACCUAUGUGAACUACUAUCUUCACCAACCUCAAGUAGCAGCAGUCUUCAUCACUUCCUACUUCCUCAUCUUCUUCCUGUGCAUGGUGGGAAAUACCGUGGUUUGCUUUACUGUAAUGAGGAACAAGCAUAUGCACACAGUCACUAAUCUCUUUAUCUUGAACCUGGCAAUAAGUGAUUUACUGGUUGGCAUAUUUUGUAUGCCUAUCACGCUCCUGGACAACAUCAUAGCAGGAUGGCCCUUUGGAAGCACAAUGUGCAAGAUCAGCGGAUUCAUUCAGGGAAUAUCAGUUGCAGCAUCAGUCUUUACUUUAGUUGCGAUAGCUGUGGAUAGGUUCCGCUGUGUUGUCUAUCCUUUUAAGCCAAAGCUCACUAUCAAGACAGCAUCUGUCAUUAUUGUGAUCAUCUGGGUCCUGGCCAUUGCCAUUAUGUCCCCAUCUGCAAUAAUGUUACAUGUACAAGAAGAAAAAUAUUACCAAGUGAGACUCAACUCCCAGAAUAAAACCAGUCCAGUCUACUGGUGCCGGGAAGACUGGCCAAAUCAGGAAAUGAGGAAGAUCUACACCACUGUGCUGUUCGCCAACAUCUACCUGGCUCCCCUGUCCCUCAUUGUCAUCAUGUAUGGAAGGAUUGGAAUUUCACUCUUCAAGAUGACAGUGCCCCGCACAGGCAAACAGAACCAGGAGCAGUGGCAUGUGGUGUCCAAGAAGAAACAGAAGGUCAUUAAGAUGCUCCUGAUUGUGGCUCUGCUUUUUAUUCUCUCCUGGCUGCCUCUGUGGACACUGAUGAUGCUCUCAGACUAUGCUGACCUGUCUCCAAAUGAACUGCGGGUUAUCAACAUCUACAUCUACCCGUUUGCACAUUGGCUGGCCUUUUGCAAUAGCAGCGUCAACCCCAUCAUUUAUGGUUUCUUCAAUGAGAAUUUUCACCGUGCAUUCCAAGAUGCUUUUCACUUCCAGCUCUGCCAAAAAAGAGCAAAGCCCAAGGAAACCUAUACCGUAAGAGCUAAAAACAAUGUGAUCAUAAGUACAUCUCAUCAGUUAGCCCCAGGACCUGCAAUUCAAAAUUCACAUGAGGAAAAUUUGCUUUGUAGGAAAAGUGCUGAAAAACCCAACCAAGAAUUAAUGAUGGAAGAAUUAGGGGGAGUCACCCAGAGCAAUGAGAUUUUAAAAGAGCUGGUAUGAUUAUUUUAACUAUACAGUGUGUUAUAUAUAGAAAUACUAUUGCUUUCUAUAGCUUUGUACUUGAAUUCUACGAAUGUUCUAAAGAAAAUAUGUACUGAAAGCCCUCUUUGAACAGAAGUGGAAUAGUCUUAUGUUCAUAUCCAAUCUUAUGGUAUAUAAAAUAUGUAGAGACAGACUCACAUACAAAUUUGCCUGGAUAAAUCCAUUUUCUAGGAACAAUUUUCAAAGCCUGACCUUUUCCAAUUUAGUCAGUUGGGUAGGAGUCAAACAUAUGUAUUAUGUGUAUACAAAUAUAUGCAACACACACACUUAUUUUCUCCAAAUGAUGAUACAUGGGCAGUUAUUUGCAUGAGAGUACAUUUUGUCAAUUCUCUGUUUGCUUUUGGAGUUGAAAUUUUAGACUACAAAAUUAUUUGUGCUUUUAAAAUAUACUUAGCUUUCUUAGAAGAACUGCAAUAGCAAAUAGACACUAUUUCUUUGUGUUUAAGGUUGAUUUUUCUUUGAAAGAGUACAGUUAAAGUUGGUGAAAUCAUAACAUUGUUGGCUUUUUAAUAUUUUCAUAAAAUUCAUGCCGUAGCUGAACCCAUAUUUCUUAGAGGUGACUUGGGAUGCCAGUUUGACCCCCUCUCUAAUAGAAUCUCUGACAAAGAAGAAAAUCCUUUUUUUUUUUAAUGUUUAUUUUUUGAGAGAGAGAGAAUAUGAGCAGUGGAGGGGCAGAGAAAGAGGGAAACACAGAAUCUGAAGCAGGCUCUGACCUGUCAGUACAGAGCCUGAUGCGGGGCUCGAACACACAGACCGUGAGAUCAUGACCUGAGCUGAAGUCAGAAGCUCAACUGAGUGAGCCACCCAGGUACCCCAAGAAGCAAAUCCUUUAGUAAUGCAACAUUUGGCCAACAUUGGAGAAUGACCACUCUCCUUUGAAGGGCUGAGUCAAAGAUGCGUGACAAUCAUUAGUAAAAUCUGUUCAGAAAACGACCAAUUAUUAUUCCAGAUUUCCUGCUGGGUACAACAAUUAAAUCCAGCACUCUUACUGAAUUAGUAAACUAAUACCACUGCUAAAAAGAGAAUUGCAAACCCUUGGGUUCUGCUAUGUUUCAAUUAUGUAAUGGCAAUAGCUGUAAAUGUUAGCUUUUAUUCUAGGGUGAGAUUUUGAAAAUAAUAAAUAAUUUGGCAAAUAAAAAUUGCUUGGUUCAGGCCAAGAGUGAUGAAAAGUGUUAUUUCCUACAAUCAGGAAGGACAACUUUUGAAGUCUAGGUAUAGAAUUUGAUCAUCUAUUCCUUUGCCCCCAGUUACCGAAGUACUAUUUACAGUAAAUGUUGAAGGUUAUUUUGUUGGACUCCUACUUUCUAAUGGGCAUCCUCACAUUCUGUCAGCACCUGAAACUCAUCAUCACUAAACCCCACACCCUUACUUGUCAUCUAACUACCUUCUAUCAACUUCAACCCCCUUUCAUAUGUGUAUUUCCACCAAUAGUCUGUUUGUGACAAUGUAGGUAUUAUCUAAAGUGAUAUAUUUUCUCUACUGUGCUCAUUUUCUUGAGUCCUCCCAAGCAGAGUUGUUAAUAUCCAUAUUCUUACUAACAGUCUGUUCAAGACAAUCUAGGCCACAAGCCACAGAGCAUUAAACUUAAUGGAAUUUGCCUGGCUAGAUUUCAGACUUUCUUGGGAUUAGUGACUUCUUUUUUCCUUCCAUUUUUCUCCCUUAUUGAACAGAAAUAUCUACAACUGUUAUUCCAUGCUUGUACCACCAUUGUGUUUGAGAAGCAGAUAACCUGCUUCUUUAGUUUCAGUGGUCCACAGAUGGACAGAAAUGGUGUCGCUAAAUUUGUGAUAACGUGUUAUGGCAAAAGUACAAAAUACACUUCCUUUUCUUUUUCGUAGUUAAUUC